CGACUGGUCACACUCACACGUACAUACGGCGGAGCGGUACGCCGCCGGCAUGCCUUUAUGGGCUUUCUUCUCCUUCUCCUGGUGUUUCGUAGCGGAGGACCGGAAGCACCAUCACGGCAUGGCCACCAUCCGCGUGCCAGCAAAAGAGUGCUUCGAGUCGUCCGGCGGAGCGGCAAAAGUCUUAUCAUCAUCUACGCGUCGUAUCUGCAGCAGGAGGGCAGCAGACUCAGCACACACAAGGCCCUACGACGGUAUGUAUGUACACAUGUACGAGGGCUUGUAAACCAAUUGACUCACUGCGACUACCUACUCGGAGUAGUAGUUAGCUCGACGAUCUUUCCACUGAACACUAACUAUUACGGUAGACUGGUCACUGCGGGCGUGGCUUCGAACCCUCGUGUGAUUCUACCCUGAAAUGCCCUUCCUCGAUGGCCCGAAAUAAUUUGCAUUGACAGAGUCCAGACAGGUAAGGCUUACGACGCGGCCUCUCGAAGCAGUUUUUUUUACUGGUGGAGACUCGUCAGUGGUCAGUUCGGGUGUUGGAGCGCAAGCAAGGCUAGCUCUAUCUCACCACGGCCAUCAGGAUUAAAUCCGAAGCCUCGAGCGAGCCGAAAAGGCUAUAUGUGCUUUUUU